UCUCCCUCCCAACCAUUUCCCUCUCCUUCCUUUCUCUCUCUCUCUUUCUUUCUCUCUGCAACUGCUCACGCGCCAACGCCGAAAGCCCGAUCCAGAGGAAAGAGAGGAGCGAGCGCCGGUGAACGGAAAGGAGCUCGAACCCAACCGAGCAAGUCGAGAGCGGAGAAGUCAGGAGGCGGCUCCCCGACGGUGAUCGCCAAAUGUCAUUGAUCGACGGCUCAUUGAACCGUCGAAAUUCUAUCAGAGGAAAGGAAGAAGGUGGCGGCAGCUUCCUUGGAAGCGGACGGCGAGACCUAGCUGGAUUGACUCUAGACGACGUUCUAGGCACGGACAGGAAAUUGGGUCCUACGGCCUCGGUGGCUCAGAUCACCCGCACUCUCCUUGAGGUAAUCCGCGACGACCCUGAGGGAGGCUCCUUCCCGGACCUCAUUAGCCAAAAGGACAAGAAGAGCUGGAGAUCUUUCAAGGAAAGGCUACGACGCAGGCGUGAAAGCCAGGCUUGGACCUCAACCGUCCACACUCCUACAUCAGACAUACCGAUUAAGAGUUCAAGGUCACAGAUGUCAAAGCAAAGUUUAACUAGGUUCCACUCUACGAAGAUUGUGGCAAACUCGGAUGACGAGCCACUUCACUGUGAAUCCCCAACAGCAGAGGAGAUGCACCGCAGUGAUCAAGAAGUGGUUUGUGAUUCCUCGAGCCAGAGUAGCUCUCGGUCGAUGAUGAUGCGCCGGACCUCUAGUCGAUUCGGCUCAUUGGGCCCGGACUCGAAUGAGCCAGAGGAUCUGGCAGGUAAGGCUCUCCGGCCACAGAUCUCACGCCACAAUUCCACAAGGCUCGGGUCAUCACCAUGGUCAAGGUCCGACUCGACUCGAUUGCUGACUCGGUCCGAGAGCUCAAUGGUCAGGAGAGAGGACACCAACGGUGAAGACAGCUCAGCAAUUUAUGGGGACGAACUGGCUUGCCGAUCGCGGCGAGUCUCCGUGAUGUCACCGCAGGAGGUUCGGCAGCUAUCCGCGAGAGAGGCCGCGGCCUCCCAGGAGGCGGCGGAGGCUGCCGCUGCCGCCGUGGCGGACAGAGAGGAGGAAGGCAGUGACGGGGAGGAGACAGAGAGUUUCGAGGCUGCACAGCCGAAGAUGAUGUCACUGAUGGACCUGCUGGAGGAGACAGACAGGGAGAUGGGGUUGGAGGGAUCAAGGUAUGUGGUGGGUGAUGAGGAAGAUGAAGAAGAGGAGGAGGAGUUGGAAGAAGAGGAUGAUGGAGAGGAAGGUGGAGAGUUCAGUUGCUGCGUGUGCAUGGUGAGGCACAAGGGGUCUGCAUUCAUACCCUGUGGGCACACAUUUUGCAGGAUGUGCUCAAGAGAGCUGAUGGUCUCCCGGGGGAACUGCCCUCUCUGCAACAAGUUCAUCUUGGAGAUUCUCGACAUCUUCUAAGCAUAAGUGAAGAGUGAAGAGCUUUUUGGCUAUUUUGGUCAUUUUGUUCAAUCGCCAUACCUUAAAGAUUGAGAAGGAUAUAGUCAUUUUUGCGUUACUUGAGAAUAAGCUGUCAUUUUCUGCCUCUUGUCCUAUAGUUUUCUAUCUUCUCCUUUUGGAUUUACAGGAUCCGAACAGGUUAAUGCGAUGUAAGUUUGUGAGCCUAUCAAAGUUUUGAUUGUGUUGGAAACUAGCGGACUAGGAUCGAAUCCGAUUCCAGUGAGCAGGGAU